CCUCAACCCCCGCCCGCGCGACCAGCGUUCGCUCCAGUGGGGCUGUUUGGCAUCUUACCGGCUCCCAAGAUGGCGUCCAUCAUGGAGGGCCCGCUGAGUAAAUGGACCAACGUGAUGAAAGGCUGGCAGUACCGCUGGUUCGUGCUCGACUACAACGCAGGGCUGCUCUCCUACUAUACGUCAAAGGACAAAAUGAUGCGAGGAUCGCGCCGAGGCUGUGUUAGACUGAGAGGAGCUGUGAUUGGUAUAGAUGAUGAGGACGACAGCACAUUCACAAUAACUGUUGAUCAGAAAACCUUCCAUUUCCAGGCUCGAGAUGCUGAUGAGAGAGAGAAAUGGAUUCAUGCUUUAGAGGAAACCAUCCUUCGUCAUACUCUUCAGCUUCAGGGUGUGGAUCCUGGAUUUGUUCCAAGUGUCCAAGAUUUUGAUAAAAAGCUUACAGAAGCAGAUGCUUAUCUACAAAUUUUAAUAGACCAAUUAAAGCUCUUUGAUGAAAAGCUUCAAAACUGCAAAGAUGAUGAACAGAGAAAAAAGAUUGAAAACCUCAAAGAAACAACCAGUAGCAUGGUCGAAUCAAUAAAACACUGCAUUGUGUUGCUGCAGAUUGCUAAAGACCAAAGUAAUGAGGAGAAGCACGCAGAUGGACGUAUAAGCACUAUUAACCCUGUUGAUGCAAUAUAUCAACCUAGUCUGUUGGAAUCUUCUGUGAUCAGCACAAUGCCUACCCAGACUGUCUUACCUCCAGAACCAGCUCAGCUUUGUAAAUCAGAACAACGACCUUCAUCCUUGCCUGUUGGACCUGUUGUAGCAUUACUUGGAAAUCAGACUCCAACACCAAAUAGUACAGGAAGUGGCCAGUCAGCACCUAGCAGCAGUUUAACUUCCCCGAGCCAUGCCAAUCUUUCUCCAAAUACAGUUCCAGACUUUUCCUAUUCUAGCAGUGAAGAUGAAUUUUAUGAUGCUGAUGAAUUCUAUCAGAGUAGCUCAUCCCCAAAAAGAUGUUUGAAUCCUUCAGGGCCUGGGGCAAUCCUCACACGUAGCAGCACAGGAAGUAGUAUGAAACGGCCAGACACUACAGAAUCCCUCAAUUCUUCCAUGUCUAAUGGGACAAAUGAUGCUGAUCUUUUUGAUCCUCAUGAUGAUAGAGAUGAUGAUGGUGAAGGCGAGUCAGUGGAAGAACAUAAGAGUGUUAUCAUGCACCUUUUAUCACAAGUUAGGUUAGGAAUGGACCUAACAAAGGUGGUUCUUCCAACGUUUAUUCUGGAAAGAAGAUCACUCUUAGAAAUGUAUGCUGACUUCUUUGCGCAUCCAGACUUAUUUGUGAGUAUUAGUGACCAAAAAGAUCCGAAGGACCGAAUGGUUCAAGUGGUAAAGUGGUACCUCUCAGCUUUCCAUGCAGGACGGAAAGGAUCUGUUGCUAAAAAGCCUUACAAUCCCAUCUUGGGGGAAAUCUUCCGAUGUCACUGGAUGCUGCCAAAUAUUGAACAAGAAGAUAAUAUGGAGACAGUUGCAGAUGGACCACUUCCUUGGGUAACCCAUAACAGCGUAACAUUUGUAGCAGAGCAGGUUUCUCACCACCCUCCAAUUUCAGCAUUUUAUGCAGAAUGCUCUAGAAAGAAAAUACAAUUCAAUGCCCACAUCUGGACCAAGUCAAAGUUCCUGGGAAUGUCUAUUGGUGUUCAUAAUAUAGGCCAAGGGUGUGUGUCAUGCCUAGAUUAUGAUGAGCACUACAUUCUGACUUUUCCCAAUGGCUACGGGAGAUCUAUUCUCACAGUGCCAUGGAUAGAGCUUGGAGGAGAAUGCAGCAUUAGCUGCUCCAAGACAGGCUAUAAUGCUAGCAUAAUCUUCCACACAAAGCCUUUCUAUGGGGGGAAAAAGCACAGAGUUACAGCAGAAAUCUUUUCUCCUAAUGACAAGAAAUCCUUCUACUCAAUUGAAGGAGAAUGGAAUGGUGUCAUGUAUGCAAAACAUGCAACAGGGGAGAAUGUAGUCUUUAUAGAUACCAAGAAAAUGCCUAUCAUUAAGAAGAAAGUAAGAAAACUAGAAGACCAAGAAGAGCAUGAAUCCCGCUGCCUAUGGAAAGAUGUAACUUACAACUUAAAGAUCAGAGACAUUGAUGCAGCUACUGAAGCUAAGCACAGGCUUGAAGAAAGGCAAAGAGCUGAAGCUAGAGCCAGGAAAGAGAACGAGGUUCCGUGGGAGACACGGCUAUUCCACGAAGACGGAGAAUGCUGGGUUUACGAUGAGCCACUACUCAAGCGACUUGCCGCCACUAAAUAUUAACUGGGCCAUGCCUGUGAAGUUCAAGCCUUGGCUUAGUGGUGAUAAUUGUAACUUUCAAGUCCUCUUCUUUUGGAGAGCCUGUCUCCUCCAGUGACGUUCCUAUCUCAGGGAUACUGGACUUAUUGAUGCAUCGAACAAUUAAAACAGGAAGAGCCUUGACUGUGUAGCAGUAAUUUAUAUUGGCCUUUCCUGUCUGACCUCCCAUGCUUCUAGGAGAAUUAAUAAAACCUGGGCUUGAGCCCCUUCGUGUACAUUCUAGCCACCGCUGUAAAAGGUGCAAUGGGGCAUUUGAUGCCAGUUACAUAUGAUACUGGCAUCCUACAUAAUACAUACACAUGGCUUCACUUCAUUAGAGCCAGUUAGUUUCUAUGUAAAUAUGAAGAUUCCUUUGGUCAGUUUAGAAAAUGCAAGAUUCUAAUCUACCAACUAGUGUAUUUAAAAGAAAAUCAAAACUUUUGGCACUUCAUUGUUUCCCCAAAAUAACUUUGGUAUUUUUAGAAAUGAAAAUGUAAUUAUAGAUUACCAUUUGGUUCUUGCUGGUGCAUCUAUAAUGCUUCAUAAAAUAGAUUUUCAAACGUA